ACCGUAGAACUGGCGGAAGCCGCAGGGUGGCAGCACACUGCUGUUCGACACCACAGAAGAAGAAGAAGAAGAAGAAGAAGAAGAAGAAGAAGAAGAAGCCGGAAGUGCGUAGUUUGUUGUUAGCAACUGUUUCUGUCUCUCCUCCAGUUUCUCCGUUUUCAUUUCUCCGUUUCUAGCGUGACCUUUGAACGUUACUUCACUUUCCCGCCGGAACGUUUAAGUCCGGAACGUUUAAGUCCGGAACGUUUAAGUCCGGAAAGUUUAACGUCCGGAACGUUUAAGUCCGGAACGUUUAACGUCCAGGACCCGGAUGUUGUCUGAGCGGGAAGUUUAAAGUGGAGCAGCGCGUCAGACCCGGAUGUGCUCCUGCUGCUGCUCCUGCUGCUCCUCCUCCUGCUGCUCCUCCGACCCCGGGGACGUGUUGACCCGGUCCUCUCGGGUUCUCCUCUCGGGUUCUCCUCUCGGGUUCUCCUCCGGCCGACAAACCUGGACCAACCAAAGAGAACAGAGAGCCCAGAAGAAGACAGCUCAGAGAAAACCCAAAGAGUUCAGCUGCAGGACCAAACCCUCCAUAAAUCAAGUGAUGUCAUUAUUACGUAAUCCUCCAGCAGCAGAGUCCAGACCAGACCGGAAGCUCUCUGCUGGGAACCAUGGAGACCAGCAGCCGGGUCACGACCUUCUGACGUUGCGGUUUGAAGCUGGAGGUCGAGGAGUCGUACUCGCAGCUCUGAAGCAAAGGUCUCACAGCGCCCCCCACAGGAGGGGGGUCAAAGUGCAGCUGUUGGACCCGGGGCCACUCCAGACCAGCUCCCAGGAUGCAGCGGGGCUUAGGACCAGCUCCCAGGAUGCAGCAGGGCUUAGGACCAACUCCCAGGAUGCAGUGGGGCUGAGGACCAGCUCCUGGGAUACAGUGUGUGUGGCGGGGGUGCAGACGGAGGCGGGGCUCUUCUCUGGUUGCCUAGGAGACGCAGUCAGUGCAGCAGCAGCCGCAGCUGUAGCAGCAGCUGCUCCUCUCAUGAAGGCUCAGUCUCAGCUGGAGGUUCGUGUGUCUCAGUUAACUGAAGGCGUUGAGAAGCUGCUGCAGAACGACAGGGGGCGGGGCCUGCGCCAGCAGACGCUGUACAGCCAGCAGAGCCAGCUGCUGGAGUCGGCCCUCAGGACGGUGAUGGGCCACGCCCCUGUGACCUCUGACCUCACCGCCUCAGCUCAGACUCCCCGUCUGCAGGUCACUCACCUGGACACAGCAGCUGACGUCCUCCUCAACCAGCAGCUAAGCUCCUCUCCAACCAGAGCUGCCUCCAUCACCGUGGAGACCAACCCAGUUACCACGGCAACACCGAGCCGAGACCGAUGGCCAGAGCACACCAGAGUUGACCAGUAUCACAAAGGUUCCUCUGUCGUCUCCACGGCAACCCAGAAACCAGCAGGAAGUCACCUGCAGGUUUCGGCCAAUCACAGACAGGGGACGGUGAGGAGAGCCAAUGAGACGCUGAGGGAGACGGGACGUUUGAAGACUGAGAGGAACAUGCUACUGAUGCCAGAAGCUUCUCUGAAGACCACAUCUGGACCAGACCACCACCAGUCCCAACAAACCCACUCCCAGUCCAAAGAAUCCAAGUCCCAGUCCCAACAAACCCAGUCCCAUCAAGUUAUUUUCCAACCAAACCUGUCCCACCAAUCCCAGUCCCACCAAUCCCAGUCCCAACAGUCCCAGUCCCAGUCCCAACAAUCCAAGACCCAGUCCCAACAGACUGAUUCCCAACAAACCCACUCCCAGUCCCGUCAAGUUUUUUUCCAACCAAACCAGUCCCACCAAUCCCAGUCCCAACAGUCCAAGUCCCAACAGACUGAUUCCCAACAAACCCACUUCCAGUCCCAUCAAGGUUCUUUCCAAUCAAUCCGCUCCCAACAACUUCAGGCCCAGUCCCAGCAGUCCCAGUCUGUACUGGUCCAGAGGAAACCUUUGGUUUCGUCCUCGUUGGAGGAGGCGGGUUUGGUUCUCCGUCAGGUUCGGAGACAGAAGAAGAUUCUGGAGGAGAACCUGGAGGCUCUGCUGAGAGCCAGAACCGGAGAGGUUCUGCACUGCCAGCUGGACGCACUGGCUGCUAAUAGAGACUGGACCGAGGAGGUCCGGGUCAAGAAGACGGUGGACGCCUGGAUCAACACAUUAACCAAUGACAUCCAGGCUGUGAUGUCCUCAGAGGAGGCUGCGAUGACAUCACAGCAGAGGGCUGCUGGGAGCUCCGCCCACACGGGUCGGGGGAGGCCAGUGAGCGUGCUCAGAGGAACAGGAAGUGAGCCUGCGGCGGGAAGAGGAAGCAGAAGACCGGGGGCGGAGCCUGACUCGGCCACAGGUGAGUCGUACCUGACUCGUCUGUACGGCAGAGCUCCGUAUGAAGGUCUGAGACGGACCCUGAAGAAGAGUCCGUACCUGCGCUUCAACUCUCCUGCCUCUCCGCUCAGCAGGAAGCCCCGCCCCCGGCUGGUGGAGAGCGUCACAGGUGUGAAGGUGAAGUCCUGUAAGACUCAGACGUGUUUGGCUCCUCCCCUCACUCCGUCACCUGGACGACCUCAGCAUCAUGACAUCAGCUCCUCCCACCUGACCUCUGGUGACCCCGGUGACCUCCCAGUGACCCCUGCAGACAGAUGCUCUGUUCCCAUGGCGAUCCCACUGGGUCGUCCCAGGAUGGACUCUUCUUCCAGGUGUCUCGCUGAGCGUCAACAGGAAGUGACAUCACCAACCGCAGCUCCUCCCACAUGUAGCGUGGUGGCCGUGGACGACGGAGCGUCUGACCUACGAUCACAGGUGGGUCUGAUUCCUCAGAAGGCAAAGCCGCUGGAUGUCACUCCUCCUCCUCCUCUUGACAUCAGUGAGAGAAAAAGUGAAGAAGAGGAGGACCAAGAGGACGUCUUCCCUGGAACUGACUUCCUGUCUGUUGCUGAUGUCGUCCAGCAGGAGGAGCUGAGCUGUGAAGGUGAGGUGGAGGUGCAGCUGGAUGGAGGUCCGUCUCCUCCUCCGGUCCUGUAUCAGGGUCCAGUCUUCCCUCCACAGACCAGAUCUGUCCUCCCCACCCAGGACCAGGCCUCAGUCCUGGAUCUCAACCUGCAGAGAGACGUCCUCGAGACCCGGCUGGUGGAAUGGGUGGAGCAGCAGCUGAUGUCCCGGAUGAUCUCAGAGAUAUACCGCCCCCCUCCCUCUGACCCCGCCCAGAACCACUACACUGACCAAUCACAGUCUGAGAAGCAGAGCGCCGCCUCAGACAUCGUGGAGGCAGCAGGAGGUGGAGGUCUUCAGCUCUUUGUGGACUCAAACAUGUCCGUGGACUCGGCUCUGAUCCGACAGCUGGUUAAUGAGGUUCUGACAGAGCAAGUUUCCCUGCUGCUGGGACAGAGGGACUCCCUGGAACCAGGACCAGAACCAGGACCGGAGCCGGCAGAACCCGGUCCAGAAUCCGAUCAGCAGGACAAACUGGUACCAGUGGUUCCUACACCAGAACCAACACCUCCACCCAGCCUUGACCCGCCCAGCAGAGAGACUCCGCCCCUGACCCAACCCCCUCAACCUGAACCAACUAGCCUGCUGAAUUACGACGAGUCUCCUCAACCAAUCACAGCUCCAGAGCCUGUAGCCACGCCCACCUCCAGCCCAGAGCCCGCCCCCUCUGCAGGAAGUCCUCCUGCUGUCUAUCAAGCCCCUCCCUCUUUGCCCUGGGGUGACGUUGAACUGCCAUUGGACGAGGAGAGACCAGAAGAACACCUGGAGACACGCUCACAGCUGCUGGUGAUGUCAGUAGCAGAGGAGGAGCCUCUUUUCUCCUCCCCUAUUCCUCCCCCUCCACUCCACCUGCUCCCUCCCCGUCCCCCCCUCCUCCUGGUCCUGGUUCAGCGUCCCCCCCUCCUCCUGGUCCAGACCCCAGAACAGGUUCCCCCUCUCUCCUCAGAGGACUCCAGCAGCUCCACAGUGACGGCCGGGACCGAAGCAGCUCUCAAACACAUCUCAGAGGGAGAACUGCUCCUCAGUGUAGACCAGCAGGCCGCCAUGACAGAGGCUGUCUACAGUUUCUCCAGUUCUCUUCAGGAGCUACAGGAGAUGGACUUUGACCCCCCCAGUGAAGGACAGGUCAAAGGUCACGACCUCCUCAAGACCAAGGAGCAGAGAGACAGUCAGGGCUCCUGGAGGAGGGAUCAGGAGGAGGAGGAGGUGAGCGUGGGGGAGGUGAGAGACAACAGGACUACAAAACCUGACAGAACUACAAAUGGCAGAAGUGCAGCAGCCCCGCUGGAUGAGACCUUGUCACCUGGACAGAUGAGUCAGAGUGCAGAUGUGUCAGAGGUCAGUUUUGAAGCGACCAAUCAGAGCUCAGUUGCCGUGGGUGACCUGAUGUCGGAGCCAAUCGGUACUCUGACCUCUGACCUCCAGACCAACGGGUCCCUGUCUCCUCCUCCUCACCUGGAGGACACACACACUGCAGGACAGCCGAACAGCAGAGAGGAGUGAUGAAGAUGCAGCAGGAGGAGGAGGAGGAGGAGGAGGAGGAGCAGGAGGAGGUCAGCGCUGCAGCAGAAACAAACUCCUCCACUGACGACGUUUUCUAGAAAUAGAAACCUUCGUCUUCGUCUUCAUCGUCUGGUUUAAACACACUGAUGAUGUCACAGACAUUUUAACAAUAAACACAUUUCUACUUUUCACUAAAGUCUCUUUUUAUGACUUCAUGUGACCUUUGACCUCAGUUCACCUGAAUAAACGUUUUUAAUAAACUUUUACUUUGAA